GCGACCGGGGGUGGGGGUGGGGCACCGCGCACGCGCAGUUUGGCUAGCAGCCAUCACGCCACCGAGGCUCAGGGCUGCUGAGACCGGCCUGGGUACUGCGCAGCAGGUGCCUGCCCCGCCCCUGGCAACACCUAUCCUGGGAAGAGGAGCACGGUCCUUGGUCUUGGCACGCCUCAACCCCCUGGGCAUCCUGUCAUCCCCUGGUGUCUGCCUUGGAGCUACCUUGUCCCCAGCUAGACACACUCGCACUUUCCAGCGCAGGUUUGGGAAGAUGCUGCCUUUGGGGAAGGCAUUUGCCUCCCCCAGGACGCCCCCCGAGCUGCCCACUCCGGAGUCGGCAGCCGAGGUCCAGCAGGCGGAACCCAAGACUGAGACUGUCACUGAGAGGACCCCUGCCGACCUUGAGUUCUCCCGCCUGCGCUUCCGGGAAUUUGUCUACCAGGAAGCCGCCGGGCCCCACCAGACGCUGGCCCAGCUGGAUGAGCUGUGCCGCCAGUGGCUGCGGCCCGAGGCGUGCUCCAAGGAGCAGAUGCUGGAGCUGCUGGUGCUGGAGCAGUUCCUGGGCAUCUUGCCAGACAGGGUCCGGCCCUGGGUGGUGGCGCAGUAUCCUGAGAGCUGCAAGAAGGCGGCCUCCCUGGUGGAGGGCCUCGCUGAUGUCCUGGAUGAGCCAGGGACGCUGCUGGGCUCCCCCGCUGGGUCAUCCUCGGUGCACAGCGAGGGUGUGUACGAGAGGUUCCCUGAGCCACCGCUGUUUCCAGUUGGGCCAGCGAGCCCCAGCCAGGACCUGGGACGUGGGUACCCCCCGACUCCUCUGACUGCCCUUCUCCCAGCCUGGCCCUCCAUGGAGCCCCUGCCUCCAGAGCUGGGGAGCGUCGGAGAGGCAAAGACGGAAGAGAUUGACCCUGCCACAGCUGAGCUGAAGAAGCCAGAGUCAUUUUGGGGGGAGUCCCUGCGCCAGGAGGAGUGGGGCCACCUGGACCCCGCCGAGGAGAACAUGAAGAGCUACAGGAAGCUGCUCCUGUGCGGGUAUCAGCUUUCCCAGCCUGCUGCUGCCUCCAGCCUGGAGACAGAGGACCUUCGGCUGGAGGAAAGAGAGUCGGCAGAAGGCAACCUCCCAGGCAGCAGGAAGCAGCAGGAAGACACAGGGAACAAGGGUGAGGGUGUCUUCACCUGUGAGACGCCAACGGAAAGGCUCGAGGGGCACAGUCCUGCCGAGCCCUCGGGUACCACGGAGGAGGAGGAGGGGCAGCCCCGGAAGACUCCAGAUCCUCAGGAGGAGGAGUCGAGCCCUGUCUCUGGAUAUCAGGGGCAGUUGGCCAUCCAGAAGCCAGAGGAGGAAAAGGACAAGGCCAUGCCGGCACCCCCGGCCAGCCCCAAGCAGGGCCUCGGCACCAAGCGGCCCCACCCCGAAGAUGUGGAGGAGCAGGGCGCCCAGCCCGGCCAGGCAAGCGGGGAGCCUGAUGCUGCCGGGCGGGAUCCGGGCACCUCAGCUCCUGGCUGCCCCGUGGCCGAGGAGCCCGGCGUGUCCCAGGGCAAGCCCUACACCUGCAGCGCGUGUGGGGAGGCCUUCGCGUGGAUCUCGCACCUCGUGGAGCACCACGGGGGCAGCCACGAGGGCGGCCAUGAGGGCAGGAAGCGCUUCGCGUGCCAGGGCUGCUGGAAAACCUUCCACUUCAGCCUGGCGCUGGCUGAGCAUCAGAAGACCCACGAGAAGGAGAAAGGCUGUGCGCUGGGGGCCACCCUGGGCUCCCACCCUGCCACCCUUGAGGCCCGCACCAGUGGCAGGGCCAGUGGGCUCCCGGAGAGCGCUGAGGGCGAGGUUUGCCCUGGGCCACCGGAGGAGUCCGAGGCGCAGAGGUGAGCCUCGCGCUGCGGGGCUCUCGGUGGGCAGCCGGCUGGCGAGGAGUGGUGGCUCCCGUGGUGCCUGCUUGUUCUCAGCGAGCUCUUGUAGCUGAGGCACUCAGCACUGGGAGAGCCACGGGAAAGCCUCGCCUCCUGGUAAACACACCCUGGGCAGACGCGCAUCCACAUGCGUAAGAAGACUCUCCUUUCCUCUGCAGCCGUUUUAGCACCGCCCCCAGGCUAGAGCAUUUGAAGUUGUGCAAAGUGUAGGGUUGCCUCAAAGUAUGUGAUCUACCAGUGCUUUCUUGAAGUCACCCUUGGCGAUGCCUCCUGUGUGAGCUCCCCAAGGGCUGUUCACGUGGAAAUCCUGUCAGCUAUUUAGCCUUCUUGUAAAUGCGUGAUGUCAAGUUCACUUCUGAAUCCGCAAAAGCAGAAACUUUCCUAGUUUAACUUACGUUUUUACCUGUGUGGAGUAGCUUACAAAGAUCACAAAAAUGCUUGCAGCCUAAUAAUGCAGGGCUUUCGGGCCCUGGGUUCCAGCCCAUUAUUGAUUUGUGAAAUCAAAUUAGUGGGUGACCACCAGCAUUAUAAAGCAAUGAAGUAAAAAAAGAUAGAUUUAAAGGCAUCAUAUAGUAAAGGCAAAUAUUGUUUUGUGGAACUUUUCAGCUAUCCAUCUAAAUAUGAGAACUGGUUGCAAUGUAAAAUGUAUUUCUUACUAGGGGCCUGUGAUCAAGAUAGUUGAAAACACUAAUAAAAUUCUGUCUGCCUGAGCAAAGGGAAGAAAGUAAACUCCUUGGGCUACAUAAGGUGAUCUUUUGAUUUCUUGCAUUUAUUCUCAGAUUACACCAUUGUUCCCAUUACCUGAGCAUAAAUUUAAUUGCUUCUUGUAGAUACAAAAUCUGGUGUCUGUCACUGUGUUUGAGCAGGCAAUCUGUUGUAAAUCACAGAGGCUUAACAUAAUAAAUAUUUAUUCACUCA